CGUCACAGCGGCCGAGACAGGAAUUAAAGAUGGCGGCGGUGACAAGAGGCUCCUUCAGUGUUUUCAGGCGACUGCUGAGUCAGCAGUACCGCCGCCGCUGUUUCCGCCCUCAGAGCUUCAGGUCAGAGCCCAGUGUUCAGUCUUCAGUGUUCACAUGUGAGAGGAGCCUGCGCAGGGUCAGCUGGAGGACGCUCCACACGGCCAUCGUGAACUAUGGACCCAUUGUACAGUUCAAACUGUCUGACAUCGGGGAAGGAAUCAUGGAGGUCACUGUAAAAGAAUGGUACGUGAAGGAGGGGGACAAAGUGUCUCAGUUCGACAGUAUCUGUGAGGUGCAGAGUGACAAAGCGUCGGUGACCAUCACGAGCCGAUACGAUGGCGUCAUCAGGAGGCUGUACUACGAGGUGGAUGCCACAGCGCUGGUGGGCACACCACUGGUGGACAUUGAGACCGAGUCUGGAUCAGAGGUGAUCCAAGAGGAGGACGUGGUGGAGACUCCAGCCAUGGCCCGAGAGGAGCACACCCAUCAGGAGAUCAAGGGACACAAGACCCAGGCCACCCCCGCUGUGAGGCGCCUGGCCAUGGAGAACAAUAUAAAGCUGAGUGAGGUGGUGGGGACUGGCAAAGAUGGCCGUAUCCUAAAAGAAGACAUCCUGAACUACCUGUCCAAACAGACGGGCGCCAUUUUACCUCCAGCACCGAUCCAGGAGAUCCAGCCCCCGCCUCCUGCACCUGCUGCCAUGGCAACCAAACCACAGAUCCCCAUGGCGACCAAACCAAUCCCAGCCAUGCCCAAGCCCGUGUUCAGCGGGAAGGACGUGACAGAGCCGCUCAAAGGUUUCCACAAAGCGAUGGUGAAGACAAUGACAGCUGCUCUGAAGAUCCCUCACUUUGGCUACUGUGAUGAGGUGGACCUGAGCCGCCUGGUGACGCUGCGCAAAGAACUCCAGACCUUCACCGCAGCCCAAGGAAUCAAGCUCAGCUACAUGCCCUUCUUCAUCAAGGCCGCCUCACUGGGUCUACUGCACUUCCCCAUCCUCAACGCCUCCGUGGACGAAGCCUGCCAGAACAUCACCUAUAAGGCCUCUCAUAACAUCGGCUUGGCCAUGGACACAGCUCAGGGGCUGCUGGUGCCCAAUGUGAAGAAUGUGCAGGUGCUGAGUGUGUUGGAGAUCGCUCAGGAGCUCAACAGGCUGCAGAGUCUGGGAGCGGCCGGACAGCUGGGCACCUCGGACCUUACCGGAGGGACCUUCACUCUGUCCAACAUCGGCUCGAUUGGAGGGACAUAUGCUAAACCUGUCAUCCUGCCUCCAGAGGUCGCUAUUGGAGCUCUAGGAAAAAUCCAGGUGCUGCCGCGGUUCGACUCCUUGGGGCAGGUGACACCCGCCCACAUCAUGAAGGUCAGUUGGUCAGCUGAUCACCGCAUCAUCGACGGGGCUACCAUGUGUCGCUUCUCCAACAUGUGGAGGGAGUACCUAGAGCAGCCUGAGCGAAUGCUGCUACACCUCAAAUAGAACAGACUACAUCUCCCAUCAGCCCCUGCUGUCAGAGGGGACUGCACAGCUCAACAGGGCCCACCCAUUGCCAGUUCUGGAAGCAAAAUUCCAUUCAUUUGUUCUAUAGAAUAGUAUCAACAUGCAAUCGUUUUAUUAGAAAAUCUGCAUUUCCUGCUUUGGUUUCAGGCGCAUGUCCUUUUCUUCAGUUAUUCUGGAGUUAAAGGUGCUGUACCUAAAACCUACCUUAAAAUGUUUUUAUUUCAAUGGUUUGCAGUGGUCCAAAAUGAUUUGUCGUGAUGAGAUGAUCAGCACAUUUCACACAUCACUGUUUUGCUGUGACGGUAAAGCUAACAACAACUAGCAUGCUAAUGCAUUCUUCCUGACCUCACAAAAAAUGAUUUAUAAUAAUAAUAAUAAUAAUAAUUUUUAGCUCUUUUUUUUUUUACAUUUUCUAUGGGAAAAUGAAUGGGAUUAUAACUUCUGAAAGCUGAAGAGCCCACUUGAUGUUGAACUUUGACCUGGUCUCAAUCUGUGGAUCUCACAUUUCUCCUGAGCCAAUGAGGAGCAGAGGAGGAAGUCCAGUUUGGUUCUUUGUUACACUGUCAACAAUAGGGGAAAAAAAAGUGGAUUACGAUGGCAGCCAUUUUAGUUUUCCUCAAUUUAAAAGCCUUAAUUUCAUUGUGGUUGCCCUAAAAUACCUUGAAAAACAUAUUAUGAGGGUCGCCACUCCACAAAUCUGACUUGUAACUUGUCUUGGUGAGAUUAUUGCUUUGUAUGGAAUAUGUCAAAUGUCCAUGGAUUGCAGAUGGCUUAGUUCCAGAAAUGUUUUUCAAGUCAUUUUAAUUCCUCAUAAAGGUGGUGUAAUGAGUUAAGCAUAAACCUGUGAACCAGAUGGUAGCCAGUUUGUUGUGGCCUUGAGUAAACAUUUGAUUCCACUGCCCACUCUAAUCACCAUUGUAUUUGGCUUCUUUUUACAGGAAGGGCAUCUGGUGUAAAAAUCUGCAACUCACUCACUCACUUUAAUUUUUCAAACUAACCAAUGACGUAGUGUAAAGAAAUUGGUUAAAACUAGUCACUCAGUAGAAUCAAAGUGUAACUUCCUGCCUCCUUGGAGCUUCUAGUGAAAACACGUUCCAACUUGAGAUCUGCACCCGUUUGUACUGUACUUUAUUUUGAAAGGACUGACAUGACAGACGGGCCCACAUCACUUCCUGUCCUCUGCAGUGUGCCUGUUACUUUUCCAUGAUGCCUUUGAACAAGGUUUAACUGGAGUUUGAUUAACUCUUCAUUUAGCACAGAGAAGAAUGACAUGACAAAAGUUAAGGCUCCACACUGGGAUUUGUAUUGGCCUUUUGUUUCCUGAAGUCAGGCAUUUGGAAUCUCAACACAAAAUAAAUAAACACAAAUACAAAUACAAAUACAAAUAGGAAGCAAAAGUAGCGCGUACAACCAGUGUGUGAGGCAGACGCACAAGUCUCUUUAAAUGUAAAGUGUGUGUCUUGUUUUGUUGUAUUUUUCUUCCACUCUAAAAUAUUUGUGUUUUUCUUUGUUGUCUUCUUUGUGAUCAAUUCAAUCUUUUUAAAAAAAUCACUCUAGAAUUUCUGGUUGAAAGACAAUGUAGCAAUCAACAUGAUUUUAGAGCAUUAAAAACGGUUGAAUCUCGGUUGAAACUCACUCCAGAAUAUGUAUCAAAUGGGAAAUGGUUUUUAAAAUUUACACUUUUGAAUGCAUCGAAUCAGGUAUGAAAUUAUUAUUCACAUAUUUAGCGAUUUUUUCCCCCAACAGUUAUAUUUUUAAGUCAUUUCUGUUCCUGUGUCAUCCCAUUGUCAUUGUUACACAUUUAGUCUCAUGUUUUAAUUUAAACUGUAAGAAAUACACUAACUUCUUGGGUUCUUUAUAAAGACAAACCAACAAGUUAAUAUACAUAAGAAGACAAAAUGAACGUUUUUGGAUUUGUGAGAAACACAUGUCUGAAGUACAUAUUCUACAAUUAUUAGUGUUUUUGUAUUUGGGGGAGUAGUAGUUCCUGUUUCAGGCUUCAGUCUGAAAAUCAACAUGUGUGAAUUGUUUGACUACUGCUGAAUGACUUUAAAUCAAGAAAAUAAAGGUUUACUGUCAAAAUGUU